UAUUGUUAUUUUGAAAAUCAAGAUAUUCUUCGACCUUUAAUUCAAACUCAAUUUCCACAUUUACGUAAAAUUAGAUUUAAAAGUUUACAAAGUAAUGCGUCAGAAAUUUUUGUCGAAUUAAUUAAAAAAAAUUCUAUUUCAUUAAGGGAACUUCAUUAUUCUGAUGAAGUAUCUCGACAAUUUAAUCAUUUAAUAUUAGAAACAAUUGUAACUUAUUCAACGACAUCUUUAAUCUCUCUCACAAUUCCCUUUAGAAAUUGUCAAACACCUCAAUUAAUAACCCUUUUAUCCUUUUCCAAUCAACUUCAAAGUCUUAAAUUAAUUGGACCUUACGGUCAUGAAAGAGCUUUUGUAGAAUUUUUACCUGUAUUAGCAAAAUUAUUACCAAGUUCUUUACAUCAUCUUAGCUUAGAUUUGAAUUGGGUUAUAAUGAAUAAUUUACAACAAUUUUUAACAAAUUUAAAUACUCGACUUUUUACUUUUUAUAUUUCUGGUUGGUCGAGACGAAUUCGUGAAAGACAUGUUGAAACAAUUAAAACUUAUUUACAACAAUAUAAUCCUACAUUAGAUUUUUACGAUUUUUUAAAAGACAUUACUUAG